GAUGCAACAUGGCUCCCGGAGGUAAAGGAAGAAGGUUUACCCCCUUUAAAGUGGUGAAGAAGAGCAGCCUGGAGGAGGAAGAAGAGAAGUGACUGGACCCCACCAUCGCACUUUCCUCCCAGCCCCUACUAAGUCCGGUCUGCAUUACUCCUUCUCCCCAUCCCAAUCCAAUCUGUGGUCUCCUAGCCCUCAUACCCUCGCUUCCUCCUCCCCUCGGGAACCCUUUUCCCGCCCCUCGCCCCCCUCGGUGUGCGUAAGCGCCUGCUCCCAGCUUCGCGCCCAGAUCGCUGCCAAGCCUGCUCGAGCAGCCGCCGUCUCUUCUGCCCACCGACGAAGCAUGGGCGUCCAGGGCUUCCAAGAGUUUCUGGAGAAGCGCUGUCCCGGGGCCGUGGUGCCCAUGGACCUUCUCAAACUCGCGCGUACGGUCUCGCCGCGGCGGCGGCAGCAGCAGCACCACCACCACCACCACCACCACCGCCAGCUGCCACUGACAGCAGCCCUAGCGCCCGGAGCUCCACGCGCCGCCGCCGCCGCCAGGGACUCGGUGCCUCUGCAACCGCUGCUCCCGCCCGCUGCGUUGGGUGCCUUCUACGGGGGCGCGGGGCCAGCUCGGCAUCAUCAUCCCGCUCACCACCUCGACCACCACGGCCAGGCACAGUCUGGGUUGCACCCGCCGCCGCCGCCACCGCCACCGCCCCCUCCGUUGCCAGGAGCCCGGGUGCUGGUGGACGCAGACUCCGCGCUGCCGCGGCUCUACGGAGGCUACCAGACGGACUGGGUGUGUGGCGGCCAAUGGAACGCCAUGCUGGGCUACUUGUCAGCGCUGUGCCAGGCUUGUGCCUAUCCUGGCGGCCACGGCCUGGAGCUCGUGGUCAUGUUCCCCGGGGGCUUGGGCAAGGACCGGCUGGCCGAAUGGGGCCGUCGGUGCCAGGCCGAGCGGCAGACAGCGCAACUGAUCGUGGGACACGUGGGCAACAAGGGCACCCCUCUACCACGGGCCUGAUUCCUGCCACCGGCCUGCCGGAGCCAUUGCGUGAGACUAGCACUCAUCCGCUUCCGGAUUAAGGUUUUUCAGAGCCUUGAGGACCACCAUUUGGAAGUGGUGGCUUUUUUCAGGGAAAAUGGCUUCCAUGGCCUUCUUGCCCAUGACUCGGAGUAUGCUCUCUACAAUAUUCCCUCUUACUACAGUUCCCAUUCUCUGAAGCUGAGCUGGAAUGGGAAGAAUCUUACUACCAACCAGUUCCUGAUGCAAGAGGUAGUCAAGCAGCUGGGCCUAAAGCAGAUAAAUUUUCCCAUAUUUGCUGCACUGCUAGGUAAGCACAUUUUCCCAGAUGAGGACCUUGCUGCUUUUCACUGGAGCCUCUUGGGACCAGAACAUCCUCUUGCAUCACUUAAGGUCCGAGCUCAUCAGCUGGUUCUUCCGCCCUGUGAUGUGGUGAUCAAGGCUGUUUCUGAGUAUGUUAGUUCCAUCAAAGACCCCUCAAACCUGGAUGUAGUUGGAAAGGAUGUUUUCAAAUAAUCUCAGUCCAGGACAGAAGAUAAAAUUGAAUGAUUCAAGAAAGCUGUUGUGUACUAUUCAGUCACAACCAAACUUUCCUCACUGCCAGUGGGCCCCUCCUCCUUUCUAGGUUUUUGGAAUAAUCAGCUUGGAAAUCAUCCCCUUCCACAAAAUCAAAUGGAUACUAUGUCUGCUGGAAAGCCAAUAUUUUCUCACCAAGUGCCCCAGAAAAUGAAAUAUCCACCAUCAUUCCCAAUGGGAUCCAACUCAUCUCUUCUCUCCUCCCAUGCUCUGGGGGAAUCCCCUGCUUUUUCUCAGAAUCCCAUGCUGCAGGACAGCCACUUUGCCAAUUGGGCUGUCUCUUAUGAUUCCUCUACAUCCCAGUUUCCCAAUUACUUUACUUCCAAAGCCUCACCUCCUUUGGGACCAGACUCUUCCCACUCCUCUUCCUCUGAUGGUGAUAAGCCAAAUGGAACCAGCUCCAAUCAUAUUACCAAAGCACUUCAGCAACAGCCUGGAUGGGAAAAUCAAUGGUGACAGCCCAUUGAUGGUGGAGUUUCAGAUGCCAGCCUGUGUGAUAAUGAGCCCCACAUCCCAUCUCUUCUGUCUAUGUCUACAAGGAACCACAUGGACAUUACCAUUCCUCCUUUACCUCCAGUGGCUCCAGAAGUCUGGGUUGCUGAACACAGACACCGCAGGGGUCUUAUGUACCCUUAUAUAUACCACGUUCUCACUAAGGGUGAAAUUAAGAUCCCCGUAUGUAUUGAGGAUGAAUGUAACAUGGAGCUGCCCCCAGCUGCUCUCCUGUUCCGAUCAGCUCGUCAAUAUGUAUAUGGAGUCCUUUUUAGUCUGGCUGAGACACAGCGGAAAAUGGAAUGCCUGGCCUUACGGCAGCGGCUGCCUGUAGAAGUUCCUUCAGUGAUCCUUAAAGAGUGGUCUGCCUAUAAAGGGAAGUUGCCUCAAACCCCUGAACUGGUGUCAGCACUGACAUUUCGAGAAUGGACUUGCCUAAACCUCAAGAAACUCUGGCUAGGAAAAGCAGUUGAGGACAAGAACAGAAGGAUGCAGGCCUUCCUGGCCUGUUUGAAGUCAGACACACCCAGUAUGCUCAAUCCGGCUAAUGUCCCCACCCAUCUGCUGCUCAUGUGCUGUGUACUCCGGUACAUGAUUCAGUGGCCUGGUGGCCGAAUCCUGCAUCACCAUGAGCUAGACACCUUCCUUGCACAGGCAGUGUCUACCCAGCUUUAUGAACCCGAUCAACUCCAAGAACUCAAGGUCUUCAUUCAAUCCCACCCCAAGGAGGAAAACUGGAGAUUGCUGGGAUGGUUGUGGGCCAGUGGGCAGGCAGCAAAUCAUCCAGGGAUCAAGGAUGUUUUGGCAUGCAAGUGGUUUCUGUCGGUGGGCCAGGAAAGGGGCAUGGAAAAGAACAGACUGGAAGAGGAUCCAAAGGACAUAAAAAAGCAAAUAAACAAGGCUCUUCAGAUGGAGUUUCUAAAUCCCUGGAGCUUCAUCAAGGUCAUUCCCGCUCACAGGUAAAUGGAAACAAUGGCACGUUGACCAAGGAAGAGAGGAGUGAUCAUAGUCUUCCAGCUCCAUCACAGUGUGCCUUAUCCAGAGACAGCAGCAUGUGUAAUAAUGGUAACAGCUGCUUUUCCAUGAAGAAUGGGGAGAAGAACCACU